UCUCCUUUCAAUAACAUUCUCAAGAAAGCAAAUUACUCCCAUAUUCAAAGAUUAUCCUUUGCACCAUGUCUUCAACAAAGCUCUUAACUCUAAAAACAAGUGACGGAGAGAAAUUCAUUGUCAAAGAGGCCUUGGCCGUUCGGUCACAAGCCAUCAAGAACAUGGUUGAAGACGGUUGCAUUUCAAACGUCAUUCCCCUGCCUAAUGUCCAUAGCAAAAUAAUGGCCAAAGUUAUCGAAUAUUGGAAGAAACACUCGGCGGAGGAAGGCGUCUCGAAAGACCAACUGAAGGAUUUUGAUAAGGAUUUCUUGCAGGUACACCACUCCGUUUUGCAUGACCUUAUCUUAGCUGCGAAUUAUCUUAAUGACAAAGAGCUGCUGGAUAUAACAUGUCAAGAAGCUGCUGAUAGGAUCAAAGGCAAAACACCUGAAGAAAUACGUAAAGAAUUCGAUAUCAAAAAUGAUUUCGAGCCAGGAGAAGAGGAGCAGAUCCGUCAAGAGAAUGCUUGGGCUUUUGGAUGAUCUUAUAACACUUAUUUCCAAAUUUUUUUAUUCUCUUUUUAUUUUAGAAUUUAAACUU